AUGUCUGACCCAGCACUUUGGACACCUCCAGACUCACCGGAGUUUAAGGGGACAGGUGCUGUAUUUUCUGAUGAUUUAGAUGCAGACCUGUUGGCCGAAAUCGAUUAUGAUGUGCAACAACCAGUACCGUUUUUAGGGUUAUGUUGUGAAACAGUAGAUCCAAUCAAGUUUUUGUCACGUUUUGAAACGAAAACAACCGUUGUUCAAUGGGCCGAUCCUCAAGAGAUUUUAUGCUUACUGAGAAACAAAUUAGUCUUGCUCAAGAAAUCCACUUCUGAAUUACAGCGGGGUUCUUCAGCCCUUAGGAACGAUGUUUCAUUCCUUCUUUUCGCACUAUAUUCCUCCGUAACGGAAUCGGAGUUUGAAAAGCGUACAGUUGUACGAUUAGUUAGCUGUAUCCGUUCAAUUUUGGGUUUCCUGGGACCAUUUGCGAGUUUGGUGAGAGAAGAAGCAAACAAAAAUCUUAUUCAUGCUCACUUAGAAAUAUGGUUGACAAUGCUGAAAAUCUUCAAUUUUCUUUGCAAUAAAGCAGAAUAUGUGGUACUCGUAAAUGAGACGCUUGGAUUAAAACCACAGAGUUCUUUAAACGCGUGUGGUUACUUUCUGGAUAUUGUGUUGGAAAAUUUAAUACUUUAUUCAGGAUUGACUAACAUUCGAAGGUGCUCAUGUGAUGCACUCUUAUGGGUCGUCAUAAUCCAUUUCGUAGAAAAGACUCAGAAAAACUGGUUCAAAUUUUUCCAUGGGAAAAUGAUCAAAUUGAAUGCUCAACAAAGAGCAGAAUUUCCUGAAUUCAAUACUUUAGAGUGUAUUCGUCCUAAUUUCAAGUCCUACUUUCAAUCCUCAAGUUUAGAUAUUUCCCACCAAUCUUCUAUGACUGUGUGGUCUUUGUAUUGGAAUGUACUUGCAUACACUACUCCCAUACACAGUUUGUAUGCAGACCAUACAAAUCAGUCUAAGGUUGGGUUGGGGUCAUUACAGAAGUAUUCCGUUGUGGUCUGGUUGAUUCGCCAACAGUUCUUAGGAGAGGCUACUCCUAAUAAUAGCGAAGUUCACGUUUGCCUUACAAGUUUACUUCGUUUAUCUGAAAAAUGUGGGAUAAAUUUAGAAGUAGUGAGGUCUUUAUGGUUGUAUUUCAAAAGUUGGCUAAGCACUGGAUUUGAUACUUCAAACAGAUCUUCAGGUUUACUUACACCUAGUAUGAGUUUCAGAUGUUGGUACAAUAAGGUAAAACCAGCGGGUGAGGCCAGACAAAAUUUCGUUAUGUUUUGUUCACUUCUCCGGAGAUUAUCGUCAUCAGAUACUGAGGAGCUGUGUACAACCUUGAAAAUCCCACUGUUGUCACUGACUAAGCCAAGUAUUUCUUACUACUUUUUCAUAUGGGCUAAUUUAAUUGAAGAAGCUUUGGAUACUUUAUCAGUGAGCAUAGGCAACAUGGAUUGUAAUAAAAUAAGUUUAUUGUCCCUGGUUGAGAACAUUGUUGAGAUAUCUUCCUCAUUAUCGGAAUCGAAUAAUGUCGCCCAAAAAUCACUACAUAAUUGGGACCCGAAUCGCGGUUGUAUUCUUCUUCAAUGUUUGCAGUAUCUACUAGUUAUGUUUGGAGAAUAUGGAUGCUUGCAUUCGGAAUUAAAUAGUUAUUUGCUUUGUUUGUUACCAGUUGUUGAGAAAAUCAAUGGUGUCAUUAUUUCCUUACGCCGUAGUCUGUCUCUGUCUAACGAGCUUCUUUCUACGGAAUCAGAAUUCGCUUUAACACACCGUCCAGUAGCAUUCAAUCGAUUGUCUACUUCGAGUCGUAUUAGCGACUUCACAUCUAUCUCAAUUCAGUUUCUUGUCGAUCUUCUGCUUCCAAGUAUUUCCACUCAUGUUUCACUACCUUCAGGUCGUAUUUUUUUAAUCAUACAGUGUUUAGGCUCAUCAUAUUUUGAUUCGAUUAGCUGGUCUUUUGAUAUUAAGUGGAACGAAUGCAUCUUGAUAUUACUUGAAGCUGUAUGUUCGUUAGAAUACUCUGAAUCAAACUUAGAAUUGUUUAGUUUCUUUUGGAGUUCCGUUUAUACUGCGUUUAAAAAGGCUAUUUCUAGACAGAAUACCAAAUGUGCUCCUAUACCCGUGAAUCUAUUAUCGAUCCUAUCCAAAAUUGCACUAUAUUUUAUUCGUUUAUCCAAUAUCUGUUUUUCAUACUGGAGCGAACAUAAAUCGACCAUCUAUCUUCUUGAUCCCGCUGACCUAUUUGAUUUGUUCACAAUGAAUCCGUCUAUAGAUUUUUCGUUUCAUUUUAGUGUUCUGGAAGCAUUUUAUGGCACAUCUAGUACAAUUAAAGAAUUGGUUAUCAUUCUUAGCUCAAGUAAAAAGGAAACUUAUACAGUUGCUUGGUUAUUCUUCGUCGCUUUACUAACGUAUUGUUUGUUUGUUAGAACUGUAAAUUCGUUUUCGACAGAAAGUCAUGAUGAUUUCGUCUUUCCGUCUUUUAUAAGCGAAAUUCGUGCUUAUCUGCCAAAGCAAAUAACCAUUUCAACAAUCUCCAGUUUAGAUCCUGAAACCAUUUUCAUUAAUAUAGCUGCUUAUUUCGAUGAACUUUCUACAUUUCAAGCUCGGAUGUUAUUCAAAUCUGUUUUUGUUGAAUAUAUUGGUCGAUUAAGUGAGUUUAUUUGUACAUGUUGCUCUGUGUCCAGUUCUGCACAGGAAAGUGGUUUUGGUUUGAGUCACACGACACAGAACAGUUUCUUAAAACCGGAGGAUUUAUGUGGAAGCGGUUAUCGAGUGGCAGGGAUGUUAAUUCGUCACUGUUCAAUGUUACUUUAUUCUCCAGUCACUACCGAAGGCUCAGUAUCAAGCUUUGAGAAAUUGGUGAAUCACUUUUUUCUUCCACGACAGUUAUACGAAACACAGGAUUCUAACAGAUUUUCUACUCUCAACGAAUCCAAUAUAUUCCCAUGUUAUGUUAUGGAGUCCAUGCAAGAGCAGCUACCUGAACUUACACGUGGUAUUGCUCAAUUAAAUUGGAAAAGUGAUCCUUAUCUAUGUCGCAUAAUAAAAGACAUUGUCAAAAUACAUUAUAAACACCUUGGUCCAGGAGCUAUUGCCUCAAUGGUACUAAAUAGCCCUACAUUGGAUUUUCGGACUCAUAUUUUGCAGUUUGCCACUUACGAUCAAAUUAUCUAUCUGACUGAGAGUAAAGCUUUGUCCGUUUCUGGUUGUGAACAAAUCACAUAUCAGCGCAACAUUCUGUCUAAUUGGGUGGAUUUCGCAUAUUCAAUAUACUCCAAUACAUAUUCAAGUGGUAUUUACCUGAGUGAUGCUCCAUUUUUAGUUUGCCCUAUUCUACUGUCAAACACCUUAAAAGAUUUAACUAGCGCAUUGAAUUCUGAUAGUCGCAAACACAGUAUACAUAUUCUUAAAACGUAUAAAGAAGCGGUCACAUCGGUAGCUUGUAAAGAAACAAGAUCUCGUAUCCUUGAGCUCUGCUGUAACCUGGAUAAGAAAACCAUGGACCCUUCAUGCACUCUCGUCGGAUAUUUUGGUCUAAAAUAG